CCUCGAGUCCGCCCCCGCCGGAGGGGCUCGGCUCCGCGAUUCAAGAUGGAGUCGUUGAGUCGAGCUGGGCAGGAGAUGAGUCUGGCGGCCUUGAAGCAGCACGACCCCUACAUCACCAGCAUCGCAGACCUCACGGGCCAGGUCGCUCUGUACACUUUCUGCCCUAAAGCCAACCAGUGGGAGAAAACUGACAUAGAAGGGACCCUGUUUGUAUAUCGAAGGUCAGCUUCGCCUUACCAUGGUUUUACCAUUGUCAACCGACUGAACAUGCACAAUCUGGUUGAACCAGUGAAUAAAGAUUUGGAAUUUCAGCUCCAUGAACCAUUUCUUCUGUAUAGAAAUGCAAGCUUGUCAAUAUACAGUAUCUGGUUUUAUGACAAGAAUGACUGUCACCGCAUAGCAAAACUCAUGGCUGAUGUGGUAGAAGAGGAGACACGGCGAUCCCAGCAGGCUGCUCGAGAUAAACAGAGUCCCAGCCAAGCCAAUGGCUGCAGCGACCAGAGGCCCAUCGACAUCCUGGAGAUGCUUAGCAGAGCCAAGGAUGAGUAUGAGAGGAAUCAGAUGGGCAGCUCAAAUAUCUCCAGCCCUGGGUUACAGCCAAGCACUCAGCUCUCCAAUCUGGGAAGCACCGAGACUCUAGAAGAGACACCCUCUGGGUUACAAGAUAAGUCUGCUUCAUCUGGGCACAAGCAUCUGACAGUAGAAGAGCUGUUUGGAACCUCAUUGCCAAAGGAGCAGCCGGCAGUCAUGGGUCUAGAGUCAGAAGACGUGGAGAAGCUGCCCGGAGAUACAGCGCAGAAAGAGCCCAGCUCAUUCCUCCCAUUUUCCUUCGAGCAGUCAGGGGGAGCACCUCAGACUGAAAACCUGGGUGUCCAUUCUGGCGCUCGCCACACAGUCCAGCCUGAAGCCACCACCCCGGUGCUCAUCACUCCUGCCUCCAUUGCACAGGCGGGUGAAAAGCAUGCCCCAAGCUACACGAUCCCGCUAAGCCCUGUCCUCAGUCCCCCUCUGCCAGCCGAAGCUUCUGCCACACAGCUUCCCCACUUACCUCGGAAUAGUACCUUAAUGCAAGCAGUGAAGACCACACCUCGACGGAAGUCUCCACUCCUGAACCAGCCGGUCCCUGAGCUCAGCCACAGCAGUCUGAUUGCUAGCCAGAGCCCCUUCAGAGCCCCAGGGAGCCUGUCGAGCACAGCUGGCACGCCACUCCCAAGCGUUGAUCUGCUCCAGAAACUCAGGUUGACCCCACAGCAUGACCAAAUACAGGCACAGCCGCUUGGAAAAGGUGCAAUGGCACCCAACUUUUCAGCAGCUGGACAACUGGCCACCCCUGAGAGCUUCAUAGAGCCUCCCUCUAAGACAGCAGCAGCAAGAGCAGCAACCUCAGCGUCCCUGAGCAACAUGGUGCUUGCUCCAGCCCUUCAGUCUAUGCAGCAAAACCAGGAUCCUGAAGUAUUUGCCCAGCCUAAGGUGUUGCCCAGCGCCGUCCCGAUGGCAGGUCCCCCGCUGGCUGCUGCAGCAACCACAGCAGUGUCCUCUGUCCUGCUGUCCCCCAGUGUGUUCCAGCAGACCGUUCCCAGGUCCACAGACCUAGAGCGGAAAGCAAGCUCUCCCUCCCCGCUCACUGUUGGGACACCAGAAAGUCAGAGAAAGCCUUCCAUUAUUCUCAGCAAGUCUCAGCUCCAGGACACACUGAUACAUCUAAUAAAGAACGACUCUAGCUUCCUCAGUACACUUCAUGAAGUCUACUUGCAGAUGUUGACCAAGAACAAAGACAACCACAACGUAUGACUGGAGUACAGUCCAUGUGAAGGUGGAGGGCGCACCUCAGAAACAAGCAGGUGUCUCGUGGGCCAUCUGACUAAAAUGUGGAGCUUUGAGAAGCCUGAGUGUGAGCCUUUGAGAGAGCCUUGGUCCUUAAGGAUGUUUUCUAGAACAUUCUCAGUGAUGAUGGAGGUUUCACUGUGAAGCAUCACCAGCAGACCUUUGUUUGACAAAAACAACAAAACAGACCAUUGUGUUGAGUUCCGUGGGUGUGUGUGGAAGGAGGAGCCACCAGCCUUGCAGCAGAGCUCAGUGGAGCCCAUGCCCUCCCUCUACUUCCGGCCCUACAAGCUCUGAACUGAAUGUCAGCUCCACAAAGUAGCUUCAAGUUUUAAGGAUCAGAAUUUAAGUUGAUUCUUUAGAAGGUAUUGUUCAAGUGAAGUAUGUUUUCUAUGAGCACCCGCUUGGGCCUUAACACUUCUGGGAUUUCUUUGUGUUUCGUUACGUGUUCCUGGUCCCACCGUGCUCAAAGGCCAGCGAAGCACGGCUGUUUGGUUAGGGCCCGGCUGGGCUCUGGUGGAGGAGACACGGAACCUUGGAAGCAGAGUCUGGGCUGCCGAGAUUCCAGUCCUACCAGAAGGCUCCACUUUUAGUAAACUCUCCAGUGGUUUGGAAGUGUCAAGUUUGUGUGUGAAGCUCAGCCUUAUUUUCCUUUUCUGUCUAAACAGUUAAAGUUAUUGUUGAUUGUUUCCUUGACGCUUUGACAAAAGGACCAGUGGACCGAUCUGACAAAGCCAUUCUGGUUCCAUUCCUCCAGUGUGCUGAGAGCAGUUUUAAAGCUAUGCAGGAAAGGGAGCUGCACUCACACUGCCCUUCCUUUGUGUGGAAGACGAGGCAGAGCACACGUGAGCCGCCGAGCCUCCCCAGUGUAUCCUAGGCUGGGAGCUCUUCCAGCCCUGGGCGACUGUGAAGACGCUUUGUGAUGCUGCUAUCGAUCUGCCAUGGUUUCUAUUUAUUCUUUUAUGGCAUGUAAUGGUGGUUAGUAAUAUUUUAAUGUAGAAUUUGAUUAUUUCAGCAAUAGUAAUUUUGAGAUAUUCUUUGAAUGAAAAGUGUCUGUUUCUCUGAUACAGGUCAUUUUGUAGUGUUUAACCAAUUAAGAUGCACUGCUUACUCUCCUGAGCAAUUUAAUGCUGGGUAAGAACCCAGCUAGCAUAAGGAUUCGCUGUGAAUAAUGCAGACAGGCGCGACAGUUCCGCGGGAGCAGUCGCUCAAGCUUUAAUGGGAACUCAAUCAAAGGCUCAUCAAUUUCUUUCUAGCUGAAAUUUUAGAUAAUUACUUAUUAAUUACUUAUUUUAGUUUGGUCUUAGUUUUUUAGCCUAGAGACUCCUUGGAUCGGCUCCUGCUGAUCUCCACAUGCUUCCUGGACAGCGUUUCUGCGUCUCGGUCCAGUGUCUCCUCUUGCUGUCUAUCUAGUUUUGUGUGCAGUGUGCAGAAUUCAGGGAAGCCUACUUUUUCGUACUCAAUUAGGGAUAGUUUGUUUUCAUGAUAGUGUAUAAAUUUAGCAACCAAAAAUUAAUUGUUCAUAUGUCAUCUAAGGAAGAUAAAAGUUUAGUGAGAUGACGUGUUGCUGACAGUAGGAGGUGCUGGUCAAGGGACCACGGGCUUGUGCUUAUAAAGGGAACACUCUGUAAGUGUGGUCGCCCGGGUGUGGCUUCAGUGCACAUCAGUGAACGAGAGUCGGCGUCCUCCUUCCAGUAGGAGUUUGAGUUUAGCGAUGCCUUUGAGUGUGUGUGAUAUCAGAGAGAGGAGUGGGUGCUUUGAGAGCAUCUGCAAUCAGAUCUGCUACUUUUCACCCUGAAUCCUAGGAAUGCCUAAGACAAACCUGAAGUAGAAUCUCCUAGAAGGCUUCCUCAGUGUAAACAUAAACUUUCAAGUGCCGAAGUGAUGGAGACUUGAAAAGGGUAAAUCUAUUUCAACUCUCAGAUUUAUAUAUUCCAAGCAUUUACUUCAGAUUCAGAAGCCAGAAGUUCCAGUUCAUGAUUACUAGGAUGUCAGGCCAGAAUGAAUCCCCAGAGAGCCAGGCCAAGCCUGGGUAGUUGCAGUUGGAUGAGCCUGGCCUCAAAGUCAGCUCCAUUGCCUUAUUCCUCAUUCAGGCAUACGAUCGAGAAACUCUACUAGCAUAGCUUGCAUGUUUACAGUGUCUUUGCUGGAACCUUAGCUGAAUUAAAAGGGACAUUGGAGAUGCUUCUUGCUAGGUUGGCAGAGCUAGGAGACCGCAUUUAGGCCACUCUGUCCGUCUGUGUACACAGCCCAUCCCUCACCCCUACGGUCAAAGGGUCUGGGACGAGCAGCCCAGAGUUUGGAGUACAGUGUGUCUGGGGUGUCACCAAUGAGUGACUCUGCUCUUAUUUUUGUUGUACUUAAUGUCAUGUCUUUGAGUGGGUGUACACCCCAGCUGACCCCACCUCAGUCCAGUCCCUCUCAGACAACCUUCUUCCCAGUUAUACACCUUUCCUGGGCCCCAUGACACUUGCCACUUGAUCUACUUGACUUUGAGUCCUAUUUCUCAAGUGACCAUGACCAUCAGUGUCAGGAGAGACACCCCUGCACUCUCCGUAUGGACUGUCUACAGUUUGCCCUGGACAGUGGUGUUUCUUGCAAGGCCUUGGCCCAGGCUUGGCUUAGAUACCAAUGACCAGAUUUUGCAUGUGUGAGCAUUGGUUCUGUUUGUUCUCAGUCUUCUGGUGGGAAUUAUCAACACUAUUAAACCCACUAGUAAGUAGUCUUUUGAAACCAUGCAGCUUUAUUGUUUUCCUUCCCCAAAGAACAUUGUUUGGAGUUUUCUCAUUUCAGUAGUAGAGGCCAUAACUGCCAUUGAGAUACUAACGAUGCAAAAGAAACUGAAGGUGCCUCACUGCUUACAAAGCAGACUUAGCCAUUGCGCUGUACCGUGGAGGAAAGAAAGGACUGGGCACAGCAGGACCCUGUGAGGGCCAUGGCCUAAGUCCUGUGUCCUUGUGACACAUCUACUGUGGACCAUGAGUUUGUUCUUGCCUGCCUUUGGUUUUCUUCCGUUGUGUUCUGAGCAUCUAAAACCAACAGUGCCCUGUUUUCAAGAAUCCCGUGUUUGGGUCUGAGCAGAACUCCUUACAGUAGACGUCAAAGGCCAUGCCUGAGAGCAUUUCCACAAGCAGCCGGGGCCUCAAGGAGCCUGCUGGGGUUUUGGUUUGGGGUUAUUUUGCUUUGUUGUCUUUUCUUCAAGUUUCAGCAGGCGAGAUGUGCAAUGUUUCAGAUUCAACGUCAUUCUUUAAAAUGCUGCAUUGCAAUAUUGAUCACUUUGAAGUGGGAAAAAUGCAAAGUUGUUUCCCUUUGAUCUGUGAAUCCUUAGGGAGCGAGUUAGCGCACUGCUGUGAGUGGUCCUUCCUCGUACUGCUUUGGCCGUGUGGCUCUCCUGGCUUUCCAUUGUACCAGGUUCUCAGCUCUUUCGAGGAGACGAGAAGCCCUUCGCCACCAUGAAGCUUUUGUUCCAUGAGCGCAAUGCCACCUCAUUAACCUUUUUAGUGGUGUGGAUUUUAUACCAUCUGUGUAUGUUUGCAAAUAUUAAGUUAUUACAUGUUUUAAAAUGAGCAUUUUUCAUCCUAAAUUUUAUAUGUUUGCAAAUAUAUUUUUUUAAUAAAAUUUCAAAACCAAGUUUUAGC